AGCUGUGGUCUUUCUAACGCACCAGUGCCCCACCUCUCUCUCUCUCUUUCUAUAUCUCUUUCUCUCUCUAAACAAUGUCCAACUCCGGAGAAGGCGUCCACAUCCUAGUCUUCCCAUACCCAGCUCAAGGUCACAUGUUACCUAUGCUGGACCUAACCCACCAAUUAGCCCUCCAUGGCCUAACCAUAACCAUCUUGGUCACACCCAAAAACCUCCCAAUCCUAAACCCACUUCUCUCCACACACGCAUCAAUCCAAACCCUGAUCCUUCCUUUCCCGCACCACCCUUCUCUCCCUGCCGGCGUCGAGAACGUCAGAGACGUCGGCAACUCCGGCAACGUAUCGAUCAUCAACGCACUGAGUAAGCUUCACGAUCCAAUAAUCCAGUGGUUUCAGUCCCACCCUAAACCCCCUGUGGCUAUCCUCUCUGAUUUCUUCCUUGGGUGGACCCACCACCUGGCCCACCAACUCGGUAUCCCCAGGAUUGCAUUUUUCUCAUCCGGGGCUUUUUUAACCUCCGUCUGUGAUUAUCUGUAUCGCAACAAGCACACCGUUCGUUCUUUACCAGUGGUUAAUUUUCCUGAUUUACCGAGGUCUCCGAGUUUUACUGAGGAGCAUCUUCCUUCUGUGUUCCGGCUGUACAGGGAAUCGGAUCCGGAGUGGGAGUUUGUGAUGAAUUGCAUCAUUGCAAACACUUCGGGUUGGGGUUGCGUUUUCAAUUCGUUUGAUGGGUUGGAAAGUGAGUAUUUGGAUCACUUGAAGAAGAAAAUGGGCCACGGGCGUGUAUUUGGGGUCGGCCCGCUUAAUUUAGGGGUUGGGGCUGAGACUAUGGGUCGGGUUAACCCUUCCUUGGAAUCGGGUGAUCGGGUGUUGACAUGGCUUGAUGAAUGCCCUGAUGGGUCUGUUUUGUAUGUGUGCUUUGGUAGUCAGAAGUUUUUGAAGAAGGCCCAAAUAGAGGCCCUGGCGUCUGGGCUUGAAUGGAGUGGGAUCCGGUUUGUUUGGGUUAUAAAACCGCCAACGGCCCAACAAGUGGCAGACGGGUAUGGAUCCUUGCCGGAUGGGUUUGAGGAACGGGUAUCCGGGAGGGGUAUGGUGAUAAAGGGGUGGGCUCCACAGGUGGCGAUACUGAGUCACCGAGCCGUGGGCGGGUUUGUGAGUCACUGCGGGUGGAACUCGGUGUUGGAGGGAAUAGUGGCGGGUGUGAUGAUACUGGGCUGGCCCAUGGAGGCAGACCAAUAUGUGAAUGCUAGACUAUUGGUGGAGGACUUGAGGGCUGCGGUCCGAGUCUGUGAGGGUGCAGAUAAGGUGCCUGACUCGGCCGAGUUGGCUCGGAUAAUUUCGAAGUCAAUGGGUGGGAGCAUAAUUGAAAAGGAAAAAACAAAGCAGCUGAGAGAUAAAGCAGUGGAAGCAGUCAAGGGUAGUGGGAGCUCAAAAAGGGACUUGGUUGAGCUUGUGAGAGAGUUGGUCCAACUCAAAGUGGAAAAACUUGUUCAUUAGAAAGAGAGUGGAUGGUUGGUUGUUGUAACAGUUUUGCUUGUUAUACUACGCAAUUUUUUUAAAGUUAUCCCCUACAAAAGUUGCCACCUCAUCUGUUGAAAAUGUUGCAAUUUGUAAAUUUGUGUUUUCUAGUCCAAUUGGGCUUGGCUGCUAUUGUCUCA